GGUGUGGUCUGUCAUGGGAUUUAAAGGCUUGUAUUUCUCCCAGUGUGUGUGAUCGUCUCUCGGGUGAAAACAGGACUCGUUCACCCCUUCAGCUGCUGUUUGAAACUGUCUCUCACAGACGAGCAGGAUGGAUCUCAGCGCGGCUCUUGGGGAUUUUCCCUCUGGUGACAACCAAUCAGGAGGCGGGGCUCCCACCUGGCCAGGUCAGUCCAACCCCGCCUGGCCCGGAGGUUCAUCUGGAGGAGGAGGAGGAGGCAUGUGGCCCGGAGGUAACCCUUCCCAACCACCCACUGCACCUGGAGGAUGGCCUAGUCCUGCACCUGGACCUGGACCUGCACCUGGAGGAUGGCCUAGUCCUGCACCUGGACCUGGACCUGCACCUGGAGGAUGGCCUAGUCCUGCACCUGGACCUGCACCUGGAGGAUGGCCCAGUCCUGCACCUGGACCUGUACCUGGACCUGGAGGAUGGCCCAGUCCUGCACCUGGACCUGUACCUGGAGGAUGGCCCAGUCCUGCACCUGGACCUGGACCUGGACCUGGAGGAUGGCCCAGUCCUGCACCUGGACCUGGACCUGGACCUGGAGGAUGGCCCAGUCCUGCACACGGACCUGGACCUGGACCUGGACCCACCUUCCCAACUGCACCUCAGCAGAUUCUGUCGGUUCCGUACGAACAGAAUCUUCCAAAUGGAGUUUAUGACAAACUGCUGAUCACCAUCGCUGGAACCGUCAAACCCAACGCUAACAAGAUCACCGUGAAUCUGAGGAUGCACAAGGAUUUGGCCUUUCACUUCAACCCUCGCUUCAAUGAGGGGGGGAAGAAGGUGGUCGUCAGAAACAGCUGCAUCAGAGACAAGUGGGGCCAAGAGGAGAGAGCCCUGAAACACUUCCCCUUCGUCCAGGGACAGGCGUUCGAGAUGAAGAUCAUGUGCACCAACAGAGAGUUUAAAGUGGCCGUCAACAACUCUCACCUGCUGGAAUUCAAACACCGGGUAACCAACCUCAGAUCCAUCAACAAACUCUGCAUCUCCAAUGACCUCACCCUGUCCAGGGUCCACAUGGAGACUGUGUCCUGAGACCUGUGACCAGAUCCACUGGAGAUCCACCACAGAUCUAAGGGUUUGGCAGUCAGAUGUCAUGUGGAGAUCACCAAGUUAUUCAUAAGAAAUCCAUCAAUAAAAUUAUACUAUAUCUGUCAUAGAAGAACCAGAAAUGUAUUAGAUCUACUGAAGAUCACAGAAGAUCGGGUAAAGGCUUAUUUUAGAUCAUUGAUCCUCAGUGGAUCCUCACUAGAUCCUCACUAGAUCCUCAGUGGAUCCUCACUAGAUCCUCAGUGGAUCCUCAGUGGAUCCUCACUAGAUCCUCACUAGAUCCUCAGUGGAUCCUCACUAGAUCCUCACUAGAUCCUCACUAGAUCCUCAGUGGAUCCUCAGUGGAUCCUCAGUGGAUCCUCAGUGGAUCCUCACUAGAUCCUCAGUGGAUCCUCACUAGAUCCUCACUAGAUCCUCACUAGAUCCUCAGUGGAUCCUCAGUAGAUCCUCACUAGAUCCUCAGUGGAUCCUCAGUAGAUCCUCACUAGAUCCUCAGUGGAUCCUCAGUGGAUCCUCACUAGAUCCUCACUAGAUCCUCAGUGGAUCCUCACUAGAUCCUCAGUAGAUCCUCAGUGGAUCCUCAGUGGAUCCUCACUAGAUCCUCACUAGAUCCUCACUAGAUCCUCAGUGGAUCCUCAGUAGAUCCUCACUAGAUCCUCAGUGGAUCCUCAGUGGAUCCUCCUGUAGCUGUGUUUUCUUCAGUUGGAACUCGUAUGAUUCACACAAAUAAAGGGUUCAUCUUCAA